CGCGAACGUCACCAACCAGGAAGUUGUGAAAGAGGAGGUGCUGAAGAAUCACAACAGAGCCGUUCAGCGCAGUGUUUUUGUGGAUAGUUUUGCUUCGUUCAUCUGCUUGUCUGAUACUUUUUUUUUGGCUAGAACUCAGACAAAACAUGUCAAAGAAACCAAAAGAAGAAUAUUAUCGGUUCUUCGCUGUUAGCGAGCCUCGGACCCACGAGAAGGGUCACACGGAGUACAAAGUGACAGCCAGGUUUGUAUCUAAAAUUCAUCCAGAGGAUGUGAAGGAGGUGGCGGUGUGGAGGAGGUUCUCGGAGCUGAAGAAGCUCCACGGAGAGCUGGCGUUCACGCACAGGAACCUGUUUAGACGGCAGGAGGAGUUCCCCCCUUUUCCACGUGCGCAGGUUUUUGGGAGGUUUGAUGAGGCUGUGAUUGAGGAGAGGAGGAAGGCAGCCGAGGCCAUGCUUCAGUUCACCACCAGCAUCCCUGCGCUCUACAACAGCCCGCAGCUCAAGGACUUCUUCAGAGGGGGUGAAGUCACAAGGCCCCUUGAUCCCUCCCCUCUGUUCUCGGCCGGGGCUCUGCCUCCCCCUCUAAUUCCCCUGCCCAAGCGGAGGGCUUCGGAUUGUGACCCGGCUGAAGAGGAAGAGGGCAGGGAGGCCCCCACUUUACCCCAAGAUUUGGGCACCAACUUGAGCUUAGAGUUGGGGGAGCCGGAGGUGGCAGCCGAGGCGUACGUUGAGGUCGGAGGAACUCCCAGAGGAGAAGAGGAACUUAGUGAUCUGGAAGAGCGAGCUGCUUCUCCUGAAAUAUCUUCACCAAGACGCCACCAACCAGACGGGACCCACGAGGAGUUCGAUUCCCUGUUUGACUCAGAGGCAGAGGAGAAAGUCCCAUCUCCAAAGGAAGAGGGCCCCCCGCCUCUGUCUGAUAACGACUUGGCGGUUUUUGAUCCCUGCUACACACAAGAAGCAACGGGCUUCUCCUCCGAUCACUCAGAGCUGCUCUCCCUGCUCCCCUCCAGUCUGAAUGGGGGGGACGUGGGAUACCUGAACCAAGCAGCCAAGGAGCUGAAGGCCGCCAUGGAGAGGGAGAAGGAGGGAGAGUUCAGCUCUGCCAUUCGGGGUUACAGGACGGCUGUGGAUAUCCUGAUCACUGGAGUGCAAGGAGAACUGGAUCCAGCUCGCAGGGAGUCGGUGAUGAGGAGGACGGCUCAGUACCUGAAGCACGCCGAGAUGCUGGUUGACCAGCACUCCUCGACCACUCCCACACCUUCAGACACUCAUGCACAGGACCCGUAGACACACAUAGGCCCGGACCAGAGGAGGAGACGCUCAGGGUGGUGGCGUUCGUGCCACACUUACACACCACAAUGCACACUAAAGUUAGACGGCACACACUCGAUCAUCAGUCUGAGAUCCGGUCCUGAAGACACUCCCGUGCGGCAUGAGUGACUGAUCCACGCGGCACAGAGGGACACUCCUGAGGACCACACUGGACCACCACAGCCUUAAAGAAAAAAAUGUGAAGCUUUACUGAUGUGACCAUUUUAAACUGACCUAUUAAGAAUCCCUCUGUUUUUAUCUUGAUUACAGUCAUGUCUGUAUACAUUAGUGGUUUGCAUUUUGCACAAUGUUUUGUAAAUAAAAUUGAUUUAAAUUCACCUUAA